UCCCAGUUGAAGUCCCUGUUAAAGUCGCGGUUGAUGUCCCCGCUGACGUGCCUUUUAAUGUCCCCGUUGAAGUCCUUGUUAAUGUCCCUGUUUAUGUCCCGGCUGAAGUCCCUGUGGAAGUCCCUGUUGAUGUUCCUGUUGAUUGUAAGGGGUAUCAAAUACUAACUCUGCACAUGGCCUGGGGUUGCCUGCCAGAGAAUAUUGCCAACAGUAAGGCCAGCAGCUUCUAUUUUAUGAGGACAACCCCAGGAAUGGUUCCAGUUUAUGGGAGCAUUGAGGAAGCAGAGAUGGACAUGCCCCUGCAGCUAGAAUAUGGUUUGCUAAACAGCCAUCCACUGUUUAUGCUGGACCAGCUGCUCAACUUGGUGUACCAACCACUGUUAUCAUACCAUCAAUAUCAACAUCUUGAAGUGACAAGUAUUGAAGGAUCAAAAGCAAAUGCUGAUAAGCGGUUGAGUAGACGCAGCCAGAAUUCUGUAGCUGAUAUUGCCAAGAGGCGGACAAGUGAGUCCACAACUUCAGGUGGUAUUUCUGCUGCAGCUAGCUCUACCACUUCUGCUCACCUCCGAGAUGAUUUCCUCGUUGGGCUUCAAAAGUUCAUGCAUGAAACAGACAAAUUGUUGUCUGAACUGAAGGGAAAGGUAGAGUAUUCCAUUAGGGAUACUGAUUAUUUAUGGAUGACACAAAGCAGCUUUAUGUAUACCAAAUCUCCAACACAGGUUGACACCCUUCUGGAAGCCACAAUCAGCAAGCCACGAGUUGGGGAUGGUCCAUUGGUGGAACUGAAGUACUGGAGGGAUCGAGACAGUAUUCUGCACUCUGUUGCUGAACAACUUAAUGAUCCCAUUAUCCAGUAUAUGUUGACUCUUCAUAUGAAAACCGAGGGGGAUUUUGAAUUCACCCGAAGGGACUUGAUGAAGUAUGCCACAGAAGCCAAGGACAAUGUCCGUUUUCUUAGCACCCUAGAAAGACAUUUCAGAAAUAUUAAGUUUGGAGUCACUUUUCAGUCAGCCACAGAAACAAUCCCACCUAUGAUGAAUGCCUUGCGGAUGAUAUGGAUCAUCUCUCGGCACUACAACACUGAUGAGCUGAUGGUGCCACUCAUGGAACGGAUUGCAUGGGAACUGUGUGAAAGAGUCGUCAGAGUUAUAGAUGUGCAUUCUUUGUUCCAACUUCACACCCAGGCCAUUAAAGGCAUCACAUCCCAGGCAGUGAAAAUGCUUCACACUUGGAAGAAUUCAUACUUCACUAUCCGAGCAAAGAUUGAAUCAUCUGGUAGAGAUGUCAGGUGGGAAUUUGACCGCAAGAGGCUUUUUGACCGCUCAGACUAUAUAGCUGACGUUUGCCAGGAUUUGCAUGAUAUUGCCCAGGUGAUUGAGGAGUUCAACAACAUAUUCAGCCAAGAGUUGAAAGAUGUCACUGGAGAUGCUGAUCGGAUAGAUGAUGUUCUGGAACAAGUCUAUGAGCUGGUAGAGCCCAUUGCACUGCUGCCAUAUGAUGCCUUUUCUCCAUCUCGAAAUGCCAGUUGGCAGGCACUAAAAGCCAAGUUCUACAAGAGAGUUGUUGAGAUUGAAGAUGCAGCCAAAGACUUUAUUGAUGAGUCAUUUCAGGUAAGACACCUACACAUUUCUUCUGCUUCUUCUGUUCAUCCCAGUGACAAAUUUAUUGAUGUGGUCAACAACCUGUUCCUGGAGCAGAAGCUCAACCCACCAGUCUUCCGAGCAUACCCACCAGUAGCUGGCAGCAUCUACUGGGAGAGGUCGCUGUUCCAUCGUAUCAAAGCUAGUAUCAUCCGGUUUAAUACCAUGGAAGAAAUGAUGUCCACUGACAUUGGCAAAAUGGCAUCCCAGAAGUACUUGUCUGUAGCCAGAAGCAUGCGCAAAUUUGAAGAGACUAUUUUCAGCAAGUGGUUUGAUUCAGUGGAGAAGAGUGUGCCCCAGCUUCUGAGAUCAAGUAUUCUCACAGUUGUUGCAACCCCAACUCAUGACAGUGUUCGAGUAUCGGACAGUUCAUCAGCAAUUU